AUGGGAAUCUCACAUUCGACCGCACGCUGGCUGGCGCCUCUAAGCUUUGUCGUAGACUUUGCGGCACAACAAUAUGGCAUCUAUGGCUCAUCCCCCAACAUGAAGCAGGUCCACGAUGGCAACAUGUCAUUCUUUUCUCCCCAGGCCUACUUUAUUGGGGCAUUUUUCUUCCCCCAGCAACUGUUUCAGCUCGCGUGGUUAUGGAAGCUUCACAAUGCCGAUCCGGAAGAGGAAGACACGAAGGAGAUGGUCGACUUUGCGCCAUUUUACGCGGCAGGAAACGUGCUCAUCGCCACCUGGAUGAUCUUUUGGUGCAAGGAUGACCUCAAGACCUCCAACUACUUUGUCAUUGCCAACUCCCUGAUGCAGCUCUUUUACGUCUUUGCACGGCUGCGGCCCAUGCGGCUCGACUCGACCCGCUCGAUCCUCAACCACGUCAACGCCAAGUCGUUCGCGGGAAUCGGCUGCUUGGACCUCCUGCACAAUACGGCCGCGGCUUACGCUGUCGGCCACCGCCCGUCCGGGGUGGUAAAGGCGUUGACCGCGGUCGGCUUCGGGGCUUUGGCUGCGAACAGCGACUGGAUCUUUGGCGGGUGCCUCGUGUAUGAUUUGGUCGCAUUGGCCGUGGGACAGUCUCAAUACGGCGAUGCAGGUUGGGCAAAGAUGCUCGGCGCCUACGCCGUUGGAACUGCUGGGAUUGUUGCGGCGCGGAAUUACUUUCGCCCACCCUACGUCAGGUCAAGCGGGUACGAGCCCGUUCGAGGCACAAGCCGGUCCACGUAG